AUGGCUCGGAAGAAGAAGGCUGAGACUGUGGCCUCGCAGUCUGAGACACCGAAACGGAAGCGCUCUCCGGAUUGGCCGGCAUCAGCAGAAGCCAAUCUCUCCCAUUAUCUCUUGGGUGAGCUGCGAAAAGGGAGGUCGUCAGAUGGCGGGUUUCAGUCUGCACAGUACACUGCCUGUGGUGCAGAAGUUACCAGACUUGGAUGGAAGUGCUCUGCAAAGCAGGCAAAAGCCAAGUACAGUGAUCUCAAAACCAGAUACAAGAUCUUCAAGUUCAUUCGCACCAAAGUCUCUGGAAUGGGGUGGGAUGAUGCUCUCAAGAAACCAGUAGCUGAACCCGCUGUCUGGGAUAAACUCAUCGCAAGCAACAAGAAAUACAAGCGCUUCCGAAAUGCUUCAUUUCCACUUUACGACAUCUACGCUGAACUAAUUGAGGGCUCCACUGCGACUGGUGCUUUUGCACUUUCAUCGGAGCUUCUCGAUGGGGAGGAUGUAAAUGAGGAGGACCAGGAGGAGGAAGAGGAAGAGGAGGAUGGUAGUGGAUCGGGUGAGGAUGAGGAUGAUGAGGAGGAUGAAGAGGACAUUCCUAUUGACCCGGUGCUCCUUGAUGCUGAUCGUGCUUUCAAUGUGCCAGCACCUGUGCCUGAUACUACUGGCAUGAUUGCUCCUACGGCCGCUGCUCCUCCUAUUCCUGUUCCCACUGCACUUCCUGCUCCCACUGUUCCUUCCACUCCUCUUUCUAAAACAACAUCAGUGUCAGCAUCAGGUUCCAAGGCAAAGCGCUCUGCUGACCCCACCACUCCCCAUCAACCUCCAAAACGAAAACGCAAGACCAUCGCUGACUCAUUUGAUUCCCUUUCCAACUCUCUCGAGUCGAUUAUUACAGUUCUUGCAUCAGAUGCUCCACCUUCUACUCCCACUCCACACUUCAGUGUAACUCCUGCAUCUCUACCACCACCAUCCACCCUAGCCUCGUCUAGUGCUCCAUCUUUCGAUCUCUCUUCUCCAUCCUCAAAGCAGAAGACAGCAGCCUAUAAAGCGGCCGUCAAAGCUAUGCGGGAUGGAGGGUUGGAUCCGUCAGCAUCCCAGGUUGCAGACUGCCGUAGACUUUUUAGAGGGACGGUGGAACUCGCUGAGGAGUUUUUGAGCUUUGAUCAAACCGAUGAACUAGAGAGAGAGGCAGCGCAGGCUUGGUUGAUGGAUGAGAUGGCAGCAUCGCCAAGUCGCUGA